UUUUUUUUUUCUUUUUUUGCUCUGCUGAAUUGACGGGUUGUUGUGUUUGGACUACAUUUCCCGAAAGGCCGUGCUGUUUUAGCCCAGUUUUUAAGAACAAUGAGCUCGCUGUGAUUAGUGGUGCCUGCUUGAGACAGCAGUACGUACCCGGGCUAUAUGGCGCAUGCGCAUACAUUCCAGCCUCUGGGACAAGGGGCACAAGCUGUUUCUUACUGACAUUAACGUGUAGUUUGUCAUUUAUUGAUAAGUACAGAGGAAUCAGACAGUACAUGAGUAGCUUCAUCCCGAUCAGCUGACCCUAUCAUUGGUCUUUAAUGAAAGCGUCAGAGCUAGUGGUGCUAGGGCUUGUGAGGUUGCCAUCAUUAAGGAAUCCCGAUAGAGAAUGCAGUACAGCUAAGAUAGGAAUGCUGCCACUAGUUCGUCGGAUAUGCUAAGCCCUCGCACACGCAAUGCACACAGAGUGCCCCCACACGGGGUAGCCUAGUACACUGCUGCCAAACAUACACAGGCUAGCGGCGGCCACUGCCAGGCAAGGGCAAACAGCUGGCGCAGCUGCACAUCCACUGUCAGCUGGCAAGCGCAGAGCUCAGCACGCACUGUACGUACACACAGGCACUCACUGUACCUACACACAGGCACUCACUGUACCUACACAGUCUGGGGGAAAAAGCCGUUCGGCAUCAAAAACCAGUGGCCAGUGUUACACAAAGGCAGGAGGCUGCUGUGCCGGGGGGGAAGCGACCCCCCUAACUGGGGAGGAAACAGCCUGGCUGGGCAGAAGGAGGCUCUGUCACUAGCACCGGGGAAGGCAUGUUGUGUAGCUUUUAAGGCGCACACACAGCCCUGCUCACCGCGAACAUGUGGAUCCCUACAGAACACGAGAAAUUCGGCGUCGUGGUGGCCAGCUUUCGAGCAACCUCUCAACAUGGCUUGACGUUAGAGAUUGGUGACACUGUUCAAAUCCUUGAAAAAUGUGAAGGCUGGUACAGAGGAUUUGCUGUAAAGAACCCAAAUGUUAAGGGCAUUUUUCCAUCAAGUUACGUUCACCUCAAGAAUGCAUGUAUAAAAAACAAAGGGCAGUUUGAAAUGGUUGUUCCUACUGAAGAUGCAGUUAUUACAGAGAUGACCUCAACACUGAGAGACUGGGGUACAAUGUGGAAACAGCUUUAUGUGAAAAAUGAAGGGGAUCUAUUUCAUCGUCUGGGGCACAUUAUGAAUGAGAUAUUAGAUCUGCGCAGACAAGUUCUUUUGGGACAUUUGACUCAUGAUCGAAUGAAGGACGUGAAACGACACAUCACAGCUCGCCUGGACUGGGGAAAUGAACAAUUAGGACUAGAUUUGGUUCCAAGGAAGGAGUUUGCAAUGGUUGAUCCAGAGGAAAUCAGCAUCACAGAACUAUACAGAUUGAUGGAGCACAGACAUCGAAAAAAAGACACUCCAGUACCAGCAAGCAACCAUCAUCUCUUUGUACAGAUGAAGAGUUUAAUGUGUUCUAACUUGGGAGAAGAGCUUGAAGUAAUUUUCUCACUGUAUGACAGUAAAGAAAGCAGGCCAAUCAGCGAAAGGUUCUUUGUGAGACUGAACAAAAAUGGAUUGCCAAAAUCUCCAGAGAAGUCUGAGCGAUACAGUUCUCUUUUUAUUGACCUAAGCUCAAGUGAUCUUCGAAAAGACAUUUUCAUUACUGUGCACAUAAUCAGAAUAGGUCGAAUGGGAGCAGGUGAAAAGAAGAACUCUUCAAACAUGCAGUAUAGGCGUCCUUUUGGGUGUGCUGCUCUCAGCAUUGCUGAUCUUUUAACAGGAGAAUCAAAGGAUGAUCUUGUACUAAAAGUGUAUAUGUGCAACACUGAAAGUGAUUGGUAUCAAAUACAUGAAAAUAUUAUUAAAAAAUUGAAUGCUCGAUAUAAUUUGACAGGUUCCAAUACAGGUCUGGCAGUUUCCCUUCAGCUGUUGCAUGGAGACAUUGAACAAAUUAGAAGAGAUUAUUCCUCAGUGUUUACCCGUGGGGUCUCCAUAACAAGAAAGCUUGGCUUCUCAGAUGUUAUUAUGCCUGGUGAAAUGCGAAAUGACCUAUAUAUCACCAUAGAGAAAGGGGAGUAUGAAAAAGGAGGCAAAAGUGUGGCGAGAAAUGUACAAGUUUCAAUGGUCAUUUUGAACAGUGAGGGGCAAAUAUUAAAGGAUUAUAUAUCUUUUGGUUCUGGAGAACCUCCAGCUAAUGAGUAUCACUCCUUUGUGUUGUAUCACAAUAACAGUCCCAGGUGGGCAGAACUAAUAAAGCUUCCUAUACCUGUGGAUAAAUUUAGAGGAGCACAUAUCCGAUUUGAAUUUCGGCAUUGUUCUACUAAAGAGAAGGGUGAGAAAAAGUUGUUUGGCUUUUGUUUUGUCCCUCUGAUGCAAGAAGAUGGUCGAACCUUUCCAGAUGGAACCCAUGAACUCAUAGUUCAUAAGUGUGAAGAGAACACUGUUUUCCAGGAUCCUUGCCGCUACCUCAAACUUUCCUUUUUGAAAGGAAAUCAACCUGGAAACAAUAAUCAGGCUGUUAAAUACACAAAAGAAUCAUUUUGGAUAACCUCAUUCCUUUGUUCCAGUAAACUUACUCAAAAUGGUGAUAUGCUUGAUCUUUUAAAGUGGCGGAUGCACCCAGAAAAUAUCCCUCACUGUCUAUCCAAGUUAAAAGAGAUUGAUGGCUCAGAGAUUGUAAAGUUUCUUCAAGACACACUAGAUACAUUGUUUGGUAUUUUGAAUGAAAAUUCUCCGAAAUAUGGAUCAAAGGUGUUUGAUUGCUUGGUACAUAUAAUUAAUUUGCUGCAGGAUAGCAAAUUCCAGCAUUUUAAGCCAGUAAUGGAUACAUACAUAGAGGCACAUUUUUCUGGAGCUCUAGCUUACAGAGACCUUAUAAAAGUUCUGAAGUGGUAUGUUGAUAGAAUUAUCGAAGCUGAACGACAAGAGCAUAUCCAGGAUGUUCUUAAGGCCCAAGAAUAUAUAUUCAAAUAUAUAGUUCAGUCACGGAAGUUGUUUUCCCUUACCACCGGUGGACAGAAUGAGGAAGAAUUUAGGUGCUGUAUUCAAGAGCUACUUAUGUCAAUCCGGUUCUUUCUGUCCCAGGAGAGCAAGGGAACAAGUGCAUUAUCACAGUCACAGGCUGUGUUUCUGAAUUCCUUUCCAACUGUGUACUCGGAGCUGCUAAAGCUCUUUGAUGUUCGCGAAGUAGCAAACUUGGUGCGUGAUACGCUGGGCAGUCUGCCAACAAUCAUGCAUGCAGAUGACUCCCUUCAAGAUGUGAAACUUCAGUGCAUUGCAAAGACAGUUGAAAGCGAGCUUUACAGCAAUCCCGAGUCUCGUUUUAUUCUACUGCCUGUUGUUAUGCACCACCUCCACAUGCACUUACAGGAGCAGAAAGAUCUUGGAAUGUGCGCACGUAUCCUUAGCAACAUGUUUCAUCUUAGCAAGAAAAGCAACUCAGAGAAAACAGCCAUGAAGGAGAUAGAUGUUAUUGUGAACAGCCUGCUGGAUAUCCUUUUGAGAACAAUAUUAGAAAUUACAAGCAGACCUCAGCCAUCCGGCUCUGCAAUGCGUUUACAAUUUCAAGAUGUUACAGGUGAAUUUGUGGCCUCUCUAUUGUCUCUGUUGCGACAAAUGACUGACAGACACUACCAGCAACUUCUAGAGAGUUUUGGUUCAAAGGAUGAACUACGGGAUUUUUUACUGCAGAUCUUCACUGUCUUUCGAAUACUAAUAAGGCCUGAGAUGUUUCCUAAGGAUUGGACAGUGAUGCGCUUUGUGGCUAACAAUGUUAUCAUUACAACUGUUCUGUACCUAUCAGAUGCACUUCGGAAGAACUUUUUAAAUGACAGUUUUGAUUAUAAGAUUUGGGAUUCUUACUUUUACCUUGCAGUGAUUUUUAUAAAUCAGUCUUGCUUGCAACUGGAAAUGUUUACACCUUCCAAAAUGAAAAAAGUGCUAGAAAAAUAUGGUGACAUGCGUGUAACAAUGGGAUGUGAGAUUUUCAGCAUGUGGCAGAAUUUAGGCGAGCACAAGUUACAUUUUAUCCCAGCUCUAAUAGGCCCCUUUUUGGAGGUCACACUUAUACCUCAGCCAGAUCUGCGUAAUGUAAUGAUACCCAUUUUUCAUGACAUGAUGGACUGGGAACAGAGACGCAGUGGCAACUUUAAACAGGUUGAAGCAAAGCUAAUUGACAAAUUGGAUAGCCUAAUGUCUGAAGGAAAAGGUGACGAAACGUACCGGGAGCUCUUCAACAGCAUUAUUCCACUCUUUGGUCCAUAUCCUAGCCUAUUAAAAAAAAUUGAGCGAGAAACAUGGCGAGAAAGUGGCGUGUCAUUGAUUGCCACUGUAACAAGACUUAUGGAACGACUGCUGGACUACAGAGACUGUAUGAAAAUGGGGGAGGUUGAUGGAAAAAAGAUUGGUUGCACUGUCAGCUUGCUCAAUUUUUAUAAGACAGAACUGAAUAAAGAAGAGAUGUAUAUACGCUAUAUUCACAAAUUAUAUGAUCUGCACAUGAAAGCACAAAAUUUCACAGAGGGUGCAUAUACUCUUUUGUUGUAUGAUGAAUUAUUGGAAUGGUCUGAUCGCCCACUAAGAGAAUUCAUCAGCUACCCAAUGCAAACAGAGUGGCAGCGCAAGGAAUACCUGCACAUGACCAUUAUACAGAACUUUGACAGGGGAAAAUGUUGGGAGAAUGGAAUCAUACUCUGCAGGAAGCUGGCUGAGCAAUAUGAAAGCUACUAUGACUACAGAAAUCUCAGCAAAAUGAGGAUGAUGGAGGCUUCGCUAUAUGAUAAAAUUAUGGAUCAGCAGCGCUUGGAACCGGAGUUUUUCAGAGUUGGAUUUUAUGGCAAAAAAUUCCCAUUUUUCUUGCGAAACAAGGAGUUUGUUUGCAGAGGACACGACUAUGAAAGGCUUGAGGCUUUCCAGCAGCGCAUGUUAACUGAAUUUCCCCACGCCAUUGCAAUGCAACAUGCCAACCAGCCUGAUGAAACCAUAUUUCAGGCAGAAGCUCAGUAUUUGCAGAUCUAUGCUGUAACACCAAUACCAGAAACCCAAGAAGUACUGCAGAGAGAUGGUAUCCCUGAUAAUAUCAAAAGUUUCUACAAAGUGAAUCACAUAUGGAGAUUUCGAUAUGACAGGCCAUUUCACAAAGGGACCAAGGACAAAGAAAAUGAAUUCAAGAGUCUCUGGGUAGAAAGAACUGCGUUGACCUUGGUGCAAAGUUUGCCUGGAAUUUCUCGCUGGUUUGAAGUAGAAAAACGUGAAGUGGUUGAAAUGAGUCCGCUUGAAAAUGCCAUUGAGGUCCUGGAAAAUAAAAACCAGCAGCUGAGGACACUAAUUAGUCAGUGUCAGGCACGGCAGAUGCAGAACAUCAACCCACUUACAAUGUGUCUGAAUGGAGUUAUAGAUGCUGCUGUUAAUGGGGGUGUAUCCAGGUACCAGGAGGCAUUUUUUGUAAAGGAGUAUAUUUUUAACCAUCCAGAGGACGGAGAUAAAAUCACACGACUAAGAGAGCUUAUGCUUGAGCAGGCCCAGAUAUUAGAGUUUGGUUUAGCAGUGCAUGAAAAAUUUGUGCCUCAGGAUAUGAGACCUCUCCAUAAGAAGAUGGUGGAUCAGUUCUUUGUAAUGAAGUCAAGUUUGGGAAUACAGGAUUUUUCCACAUGUGUGCCACCUAGUCCUAUUAAUUUUCUCAACGGAAGCCCUCGUAUCCCUAGAAAUUCAGCACCUGCUAUCAUGGGCCCAGACGCUGCAAGAGUAGUACCUAGACGAAGUCCGUUAAGCUACCCAGCUGUUAACAGGUACUCAUCCUCUUCGCUAUCUUCCCAAGCAUCAGCAGAAGUUAGCAAUCUUACAGGGCAGUCGGAAAGUUCUGAUGAAGUGUUCCACAUGCAGCCAAGUCCAUCUACUUCAAGUCUGAGUUCCACACAUUCCGCUUCACCUAAUGUGACAAGCUCGGCCCCAUCAAGUGCCAGAGCUUCUCCACUGUUAUCUGACAAACACAAACAUUCCCGAGAAACCUCCUGCUUGUCCCCCAGAGAGAGACCCUGCAGUGCAAUAUUUCCCAUUCCGGCUGAACCUCCACAGAGAGUUUUGUUUAACCACAUCGGAGAAACAACUUUGCCUCGUAGUGACCCAAAUCUAUCUGCCCCUGAGAAAGCUGUGAACACAACUCCUAGCAGCUGGAGCUUGGACAGUGGAAAAGAAGCCAAGAACAUGUCAGAAAAUGGAAGGCUUAUAAUUCCUCCCGUGCCACCCAGACCUACACAAUCUGCUUCUCCUGCCAGGAAUAUAACUCCAGUCUCUCCUUCUCCCAUGGGAAGAUCUCCAAUGAAGGGCUCGGUGCAGUCUUUCACACCAUCUCCUGUAGAUUGCCAUCCAUCAAUGUCAAACUCUCCUGUCUUGUCGGGAAGCUGCAGCAGUGGAAUUUCUUCACUAAGUCGUUGUAGCGUUUCAGAAAUGUCUGGAUUUGAGAGCCAGAUAUUCGAUCAGAGUAGCUACAGUAUCUCUGAGGAGCCAUCGAGGAAGGAAAAUAAAACACCACCCCCAUAUAGCGUGUAUGAACGGACUUUAAGACGCCCCGUACCUAUACCUCAAUGCCUCUCUAUUCCUGCCCCUAUUGACCCUCCAGCUUUGCCACCCAAACCUGGCCCAGUACGGCCCACCAGUCUGGAGAAUGGCAAAAGGACUGAGCCACUGCCACGGCCUAGACCUUUCCCACGGAAAGUCUCCCAGCUGUAAAGAAAAUGUGUUUUAUAUUUGUGUCUGAAAUGAACAAUAUCAUUACUGUUAUAGCAAGUAACAAAUGAACCCUUAGGGGUUAUUUUUAAACACUGCAGAAGGGGUAUUUACACUUAAUGAAAGUGUGGGCACUUUAAUUGUUUACAAUAUUGUUCCCUAAUUACUGAAGUGAACUUUUUGUAUUGUUUUGCACAUUAUUUUAGAUAUUAUUCAGGAUUAACUUGACAUGAGGCACUUUUAAACACUUUAAAGGGCCAGAAACACCAAACAACAAAAGGAUUUUGCAUGCAUUUAAAUAGAAUGUGCUUUAGAAGCUCCAAUAUAGUCUAUAUAAUGAAGCUGUUAUGUAGCCAUGGGAACUUUCAUUCAGGGUUCCUUUUAUUGGGUCCAUAUUGCAUAGCAAAUAACUUGUUUAGCAUAAAAUUUGUUUUAGUAUUUAAGUGGAGAAAAAAAAUUCUUUCUUGUAUCAAAUAAGAGUUGUGAUGCCUAGAAAUGUUUUAUUUGCAUUUUAUUUGCUGGACAAACAGAAAUAACAUUCAUAUGCAGAUGAAACCUUUAAAUGUAAAGUAAAAAAAAAUAUUACUUUGUGGUUUUUCUGGCCCUUUAACAACAAACAGAAGCACAUAAAAUCAGCUAUCACGCAUGGUUAUGGUUUCUGGCCUACCAAUCCAAUAUUCUGUAGCACAGAUAGACAAGCUUCUUGCUUCCACUGGAGCGCCAAAGGCUGCCUAUCCUUGUUCUAUGGAUUUUUAAUGAGUGUUGUUUUACUUUUUUAUAUGUAUAAAAUGUUUAAUUUACAAAAUCAGAUUAUAUGUUUUAGUUUUAAAGUACUUGAUAAGCUUUUUUUGAACCAUUAAUUGCAUGUGAGAAGCUCUAACUAAAUCAACCAACAAUUCCAAAUGUUCCAUGUAAUAAUGAUAACUCUGCAAUUCCACUUUUUUGAAAGUAAUGUAUUUCCCCUUUAUUUUCCUAAACAGAGGUGGCAUUUUUAAACACAUAAUAUAUUGUAAAUAAAUGUCUGCUGGGGCCAUGAUAAUUUUAUCAGGCAUGGUUUAAGCAUUUUGUAUUUGCAGACAAACUUUGAAUUGUGUCUAAACAGUUCCUUUUCUCUUUACAGUUGCAUGCAAUAAACAUGGUAGAUCAGAAUAGGGUCAGGACGUGAGAGCCUGGCAAAGUACUAACAAGGAGUUGCGCCCCAACUGUCCUUCAAUCUGAGCAUUUUAUAAGCAGCAGAAAAUUAGCUGUGAACAGUUGAAGACUGGUGUUUAGUUGCUUUGGGGAUCUACAAACACAAACCUUCUUUCAUUUAUACUGAAUUUGUAUCCCUAAGAAAAGAGAUGUUGUGCUCAUGGGGCUGAUUUAGAGUUGCCUAUUUUAGAAACAAAGUUAAAGUGACUGUAACUACAAACAGACCCAAAUAACCCUGGGAUUAUCAUACUGGUUAAUGGAUGUGAAACAAAGGUGUUUCCACACAUAUCAUUUUAGUUCUAUUUCUACACUAAAGAAUAUCUCUUGAUGUACCUAUCCGCCUGUUGGGCUGCCUGUCUGUUGUGUACAGGAAAUCAAUUCAAUUAUGAUUUGAUAUUGUUUGAAAAUGAAAUGAUGCAAUGUUCAUUUUGAAUUAUUGUAAAUACUGAAAUCAAACUGAUACAGUAAAAAUAAUUGAUCCCACCACUGUUUGAAAACUGCAUAAGGAGCUCUAAAUCAGGUCCAUUGUUGAAAGUGCCUUGCAUUUACCAAUUAUUCUAGCCCCACCAAUGUCAUAAUUGCAUAGAUACUGUUAUUAUGGUAUCCAAGGAGGUUUAACUCCUAACUGAAUUGUUUGUACAUGUGUUAUGCACUCCGCCAAGCAAUAUAUGUAUCGAGGUACAGUAUUUUAUGUAACUACUUUUUAAAAACCUUGAUUGAAGCACCCCAACACAAAGAGGCCAAUGAUAGGCUGUGUAUAAGUAGCUAUUUCUAUCCUGUGGCCAAACAAACCUGUUGUAAUGGCAGAAGAAGGAAGUGUAUUUUCUUUUCAGAACACUUUGCUGAAAUAAAUAUGGUGCUCAGCAUGUCACGUAGAUUGUGGAUGUCAAAUAUUGUACAUGGUUAGUAGGAAGUGGUCAGAAGCGGUCCCUGACUAAACACAGUUUCCAUGAGGAAACAACACUAAUGGUCAUGUACAGUAUCUGUGUUUACAACAUUUUUGUACAGUGUAUCCCACAAGAGUUCUACAUGAUACUCAGUAUUUGUAGAUUUCAAUUCACAAAUACCACUAAAGGCACUGUUUGCAGGUUUAAAAAUUGUUAUCAUAUCAUCCAAAGGAACCAAAUAGCCCAUAACUAGACUAUUUAUAUUAGUUGCACUGGUUUGUCUUUAUUUUGUACAAUCAAAAAAAAAAUGAUUGAAAAGAACCAGAGAGGCUUUAUUGUAAGUAAGUAUGUGGGAAAGAAAAUGAGAAAAUGAGCCUUACCUAAAAAAAAAAAGCCCCAGAUUAUAUGUCAGGGUUUUUUUUUAUAAGCAUUGACUUUUAUGCAUCUGUAAUACAGCCUUCAGUGCUAGUGAAAAAACAUGGAUACAUUAUAGUUGGCUUCAGUCAGAGUCCAUGUUUGCUUUUAGCAAAGUGCUAAAGAUGUCUUUGCAAAUCAACUUGUCUCUCUGUAUACAGAUCAGAUUGCUCAGAGGGCCUUCCAACAAGCAGCAGAUGAAAAAGCAACAGCUUUAUUUGUACAGAGGUGAAAUUUCCAAGUCUUUCCAAUUCCACACAGCAGUUGCUGCAUACAGCAAAUGAUCCGAUCCGAGGGUAUAUAUGAGCUAUCAGAUCCGACAGGCUAGUAACGCAAAGCAAUGAACAUGCUCAUGUCUGGAAAUAAAAAUCAACCGCUUCUUUGAAUCAGCUUGCUAUGUCCCCAUAAAUAGGGCUAGCAUCAAAUAAUAUGGAACGAAAAUAAACUGACCAUGUCAUAAAGCACACAGGAGUUUCCUGGAAAAAAAUAAUAUUGUUUUCUGUUUGCAGUACAAUUUUUUGAGGGGGCUCUUGGUGAAGUAAAACUGAAGGGCUUGUAUUGCCUCUUAAUACAUAAAAAAGUCUAUUUUGCCUCUAAAUAAUAUCAUAAAGAUUUCUUUUAAAGAAAAGGGAAAAUAUACAUCCAUUUUCUACAUGAGCUUGAAUUGGGCAUAUGCUUAUGAUGAAACUGCCUAUAAUAUAUGUAUAGCUACUUUUUUUUUCUCAGUCUGAUUCCUCAAUACAUACAUGAUUGGAUGCAGCUCCUUUUCAUGUCCUUAUCUGCCAAUGUACUAUGAACAGCCAACAUGAUGCAUCAGCAGAUUAAAAUUUUCUAACCUGCCAGAUUCUGGAGCGUACUGAUAACCAUAGUGAAUUUGGAUAUUGCUUUGACUCAAUGGGGCACCAAACACCUUGGUUUGUACAAUGUUUUUAAUACUUGUAUGGCCACCUUUAGACUGGCAUGGUCGUGCAGCCUCUCCAUGCUGAAGUCAUAGAUUCUGGGACUUCAUGUCUCUCUGGCUUCCAGAGAAUCUGUGAACUGCCUGUAUUGGAAAACAAAAGGACGUCAUGUCCCUCUAUACAUUACUUUAUCAUGGAACCAAACAGUGCCAGAGCCUGAUUAGCGGAGCAAAAAGACAAGCAUCUCCCAGAAAACUCAGACUUAUUUUAGCUAUUUUGUAGAUAUCUACAAUAUAUAUAUGUAUUCAUUAAAAGGCAAUACAACCACCUUAAAUAUUGAUGUACACAAAAUAUACAAUACCAGUAACAGCAUCACUAAAGCUACUCUGUCGGUUUUCAUUUUGCCACUGCAGUCAUGUCCAUAAAUGUAAUGUAGUGCCUUUACUUUUUUAACUCUGGCUAGGUAAUUUUAUUCUCCUGAGAAAAUGGGCAUCAUAUUUAUCUUACAAGUCCGUGCUCAGCCGUAUCGACAUGCCAUCUUGUAUAUAGUGCAGCUCCCACGCGCAUAGUGAUAAAACCCCACCUCUCGCAAUAGUAUUAUUUAUACUGGCCUGUUGUUUGUAGGAAUUAACAAACUAGAAAUGCAUCUUAAAAAUAUUUCCCUUUUUGCUGGGAAGUUACUUUUUCGUAAAUUGCAUAUUCUGCUUUUACAGACCAUUUGAUUGACAAAGAAUGACCACUUUUUAUAUUUUUCCCCAAGAGAACUGUAAGCAGGUGUUUGCUGCUAAGUGGUUAUUGCCGUUUUCUACAGUAAAUGUUUGAGUAUUUUUGUACAUAACUGGUUAACUUUAAUAAAAGAUUCCAUUCUCUAAAAAAAAAAAAAAAAAAAAAAGAAACAAACAAAAAAAAAAGACAAGCAUAUGCAGUAAGAUUGUGAUAAAUAUGCCAAAUAAUUUAUGUAUGGAAAAUGAUUUGUACAUAUGUGCUUUUUAAACAAUAAUUCAGCCAUAUUGACUUUACAAUUUUGAAUGUCAGAAGAGAAUAUAUGGUAAAGAAAUAUUUAUGUUUGGUAAAUAAAAAUAAUAUUCAGAUUUAAGAAAAACAAUAACCGUAGCUUUGUAUCUGGCGAUUUUGUAGUUUGAAUUUUGAAGAACUGUUUGUGGCUUUGGAAUAUAACAUAUUUUAUUUGUAACAUACUUUUCUCAACUGUAAAAGGCAACAAAACUAUGUGGCUGCGUAUGAAUGCAUUACCAUGUACCGCUGUAAAGUUCUGUAACGCUGCCUUCUGUUUCCGAUUUAGCAUUACAGAAUUGUAAUGAAAUAAUGUAACAUUUUACGGUCUAGUUUAGAUGACUUGUACAGUGGCUGACCAUGGCAUUAAAUUGUGUGUUUUCUAACGCUUAUUAUAUUUCUCCUAUUUUUCUUAGCUUUUGCAGCCUGUUUCUCCUAUUGGCGCCCAACAGUCAGUAGAACUGUUUAAUGUGAUGUAUGCGUGUAUUACUUGACUCAUUUGUGCAGCUUAACUACUAUGAUGACAUUUGCACAAGAUGUUCAUAUUAGUUGCUGCAGCAAUGCAACAAACUGAAAUAAAGUUCAUUCAUUACUA